AUGACGAACGUCACAACGCAUGGCAAUGGCAUCACGGGAGCUGAUUUCGACAUUUAUGGUGCUAACCGGGUGCUUCCACGGGCAAUGACUUCCUUUACAGCAAUCGCAUGGUACAACUCGCUCGAACUUCUAGUCCUCAUCUUUUGUAUCUUCAAAAAAUACUCUGGGCUGUACUUUUGGAGUUUAAUUAUCAAUGCACUCAGCGCAUGGAUGAAACAAAACAACGUCGGCCACAACGCCAACCUCUACAACGUCCUCCUUACCGUCGGCUGGGUUCUUAUGGUCCCCGGCCAAUCCAUGGUCCUCUACUCCCGCCUACACCUCAUCUCGCCGAACCUGCACCUGCUCCGCCUAAUCCUGUGGACCAUAAUCCUCUCCGCCAUCUGCCUCUGCGUCCCCACCGUAACCCUCAACCUGCGCCAGUACACCACAAAGAACCCCACCAUCUACACGCGCGGCUACAGCAUCAUGGAGAAAAUCCAAAUGGUACUUUUCACCCUCCAGGAAAUCUUUAUUUCAUGCGUCUACCUGUGCGAAACGCGAAAACUCAUGCUCGUUAUUUGCGACGGCAAGACGCGCAAGUGGAUGUGGCAGCUCGUUGCUAUGAAUCUGCUGUUAGUCUUGCUCGACGCCACGCUGCUCACCAUGGAGUUUCUCAACUUGUACAUGAUACAAACGACGUUCAAGUCGCUGUUGUAUAGUUUUAAGCUGAAGAUUGAGUUUGGGGUCCUGAGUCAGAUUGUGAGGAUUAUUCAGAGGGGAGCGAGGGAUGCGACGCCGGAGUUGGGGAUUUGGACGGAUGCGGAGGCGCAGAAGAAGGCGGGUGUGGUGUCCGAGGUCGAGGUUUUGCAGCAUAACGUACCGCCCGAGUGGCGGUUGUUGAGGGAGGCUACGGCAAGGGUGUCGCCGAUUGCGCUUAAUGCUCCCAGUAGGUGUUUUUUGGAGAGUGAUGCGAGUAGUGUUGCAUCCAUGGAUUUGAUGUAUCCUGGGAGGUUGGGUUGA